GGAAGAGGUGCGAGCCGCAGCGGGCUUCCGGGGGGAAGCUGCCGUUUGGGCAGUUGAGGCAGCUGUGGUUCUGCGCCAGGAUUUCCCAUGGAGGCGGCGCCGGAUCCCGGGCCCGGGCUCUGUUGCAAACCUGGCGGGCGGCUGGACAUGAACCACGGCUUCGUGCACCAUAUCCGACGGAACCAGAUCGCUCGGGACGACUACGACAAGAAGGUGAAACAGGCGGCCAAGGAGAAGGCGAGGAGGCGGCACACACCUGCGCCGACCCGGCCUCGCAAACCCGACCUCCAGGUGUACCUGCCGCGACACCGAGAUGCCUCUAACCAUCCAGUCAACCCAGACUGUGAAGAGUCCGGUGAUAGCAGCAGUAGUGGCAGCUCCGAGCUGGAGCCUCCUGGCCGUCAGCUCUUCUGCUUAGAAUAUGAGGCGGACAGUGGAGAGGUCACAUCAGUUAUCGUAUAUCAGGAUGAUGACCCAGGAAGGGUGAGUGAGGAGGUGUCAGCACAUACACCUCUGGAUGCACCUAUGCAAGAAGCCCUCAAGUUGCGUAUCCAGGAGGAGAUUGCAAAGCGUCAGAGUCAACAGUAACCAGGUUGAAGGCAUUCUCUCCAGACUGGAUUCACUGCACUUGGAAGAAUUCUGCCCAGGGAACUCAUUCCUAGUUUGGAGGUACCAGAGCCAGUCUAUCUGAUCUUGAGACCCUCUAGAACUGCUACAUCCACUAGGGUGUUGCAGGACAAUAUAUGGUCUACCUCUGGCUGCUAUUCUUUCUUAUAUAUUGGCCAUGUGCCCAGCCUAUUUUUCUGGAAUGUUUUUUAAAAUUUUGUUUUGCUGAUUUGGUUCUGAAAGCAAAACUUCAGAGAGAACCAGGGUUUAUGAAACCUUUUGCCAACAUGGUGCUGAUCACUGAGGUCAUCUAGUCAUUCCAUGAGCCACUUUCCAUUCAGCCGCUAGAGCCAUAUUUGUUAUUUUAAGGGUCUUUCAUGGCUUGGUUUGGUUUGGUUUUCAGUAGUUUCUUUGUUCUUCCCCUCUUUUUUGUCUCAGGUAAAAUCCAUCAGUUCACCCCACACCUCUGCUCAGGACUUAGGGUGUGGGGAAGCUCUGCUUUUCUAACAAGUUCUCCAGGUAAUUCUGAUAUUAAUAAAAUGGGAGAACUUUGUUUUUGAGGCCUACUUGGAAGCAUGUCUCCUUCCCCUUCCAUGGCUUUUCCAGGUUGCUCUUGCUUCACUGCUUUGUAAGUUCCUAGAUAGAAGACCUCAGAAGAAAAGGCUGGAACUAAACAAUGGCACCACAACUUGCUUUAGCUGAAGAAUUACAGAAUUACAGCUUUUGAUUUCAGUCCCUAUCUGUGAACAGGCUAUCAUCUGCUCAGACUAAAGGAGACUUGUGGAAACAAGCUUGACCAUGACUUUCCAAUAGUUACUUCAUAGUUGAACAUGCAUACUAAGGGAAACUCACCACUAGCAAUAAUUGGUCUUUUGAAGCUCUAGUUAUUCUCUCCCUCUCCCAUCUCUCUCUCCUUCUCUCUCCCUUCUCUUUUUCUUCCCUCUCCUAAUGAAUAUCUUCUCCUCCAUCCCUUACUUUCUUUUCUCCUGUCUCCCAAGAGUGAAUAACUCUGAUCCUUAAAGUAAAAAUCCUCAGGAAAACUCAGCCAUGGGGACACACAUCUGUAAUUCCAGCACUCAGGAGGUGGAAAUAGGAAGAUCAUAAAU